AUGGAGGGGGUUUUGCGUAGGGAGAGACACGACUCGUCGCGGAGGGAACGGACAGGAAACGCCCGACUUUGCUUUUUUCUGCUUCUGGUUUCUUUUCUCUUCUCGAGUAUCGAAAAGUCUCCACGUCGGAGGAUCCUCACGCUUGCAAGCUCGCCGGUGCCUUCCACCAAACUCGGCACCACCACACUUUCGUUACCAUUGUCCAUCGUGAUCGCUUUCCUACAGCGUGAGGUAGUUUCCAUACCUUACGGCACUCACUUCCUUAGGCUCUUCCCAAAGCCCAGUUCAAUAUGCUAUGUACCACUCUCACCUAAUCUCCAAGUCUCAGAAGACGCCCUGCCCCACGCUUCCACUAAACUAAAAAAGACACGCUUUCCUGGCCCUUACAGGGGAAGGUCUUUCGAUGUCCAAUCAGCUCCCUCCAAUUAUGCCCCACCACGAACCAAGGAAGGGGAAGAAGGAAAGGGCUUCCCGAGCCCUCGGUGGCUCUCGCACUUGCCCACCAGUCACAGCGCGCCUUCCCUACCCCCAGUCGAGCAAGUGCCCCCCACCCCGAAUCCAAAUCUCCAAAAAAGACUUUUACCCCACACCGCGACAGUCCAAUCAGACAUCCCAGAAACGCGGGAGCACGCGAACGUCAAAAAGACGAAAAAGAACGGGCAGACGGGAUUUUCUAUUAAAUAUCAAUGCGUCGUGUUUCCGUCCAGUCAACGGCCUUCUAUCUUUUCUUAG